CGUUUACGCGGGUAAAAUCCUCGAUUUCAUCGGGCAUUCUGCUAUAAAUUCAGACGCUGGAGAAGGAAAUGGAAAGGAGGUGUACAGCCACCGAUACUUCUGCUUCGACGAGAGGUCUAAGUUAUUCAACAGCCAACGUCAACGCGUAUUCAAACCAAAGGACAAAGAUGCUGUACGUGCUGAUUCUGGCGAUUGCCCUUACAUCAUGCGUCAUGUGUGAGAGAAAUGCUUUGGGCUUGGAUGUCAGAACGAACGAGGACAUCGGACAACUAGAUCACUCUCGACGUUGGUUUGGGACUGUUAUCGAUGCUGGCAUGCUGGCUUUUGAUGUCGGCAAACACAGGGGUUGGUGGAAAAGAGGAAGCGCUGAUGGGGGGAUGGAGCGUUUCAAAGUGAUGAUUCAAGCGAACCCGUGCGAUUUCAACAUUUACGAUGCAAACGGAGAUGGCGUGAUAACAUUGGUCGAGUUCGAAGCGAUUUUUGGAGAAGGCGAAAAAACACAAAAAUUGGCUGAAGCACUUGACGAAUCCGGUGACCGUAUGGUGGACGAGGAGGAAUUCAAGGAGGCCAUGCAUAAAUUUGUUGAAGGAUGUUAAACUCGCGAUGAACUAUGCGUCCAUAAUUGUGUGAAAGUUGCUGUUAUACGAUUAUCUCUUACGGAAUUGUUAAUGAUAACUGAUUAUGUCGAUUGUUUACUUAGACUAAACAGAAAUAUUGGUAAACAACAAGCCAAACUGCCGUGGUUACGUAAGAGAAGCGCAUUCUUGAACGUGUACUAUGAUAUGUGUUAUUUUUUCUGAUUUGCAUGCUUUAUAAUCUAUGAACACGUUUCUAUAUGUAUGUAAUCAGAUAUAUAAAUUCCGUUAUACUGAUUUCUUGAAGACAUUUUGGCUGUUGUUGACAGCAGUAGGCUAUGGUUCAAGUAUGUAUCCUUUAUUCAUUUCAAAUUAUACUUUUUAUGCGCACUUAGAUGCCUUUCUAAUGAAUAAUAUAUAGUCUCGCAUUAGCCACUUAAUCAUUUGUGCUUAUUAAAAAGAAAUACGCUUUCGUUAUUUGCAAUAACACAUUCUUACGUUAAUCGGGUUUUCGCUGUCUUAUAAUAUGUCAAUCCUCAUGCACAUAAAUUAGCUGUAAGAUUGUCGCCCCGGAUUUGACAAAAACCGGGUAGCGGGUUAAUUUAUACUGUUUAUGCUCCCCAUUUUUUAUAUAUAUCUUUUACACAAUAUGGGGAGCAUAUAGUGCCAGUUUGUACUUCCGUACUUCCUUCCGUCACACUUUUCUUAGUUUCUCAUAUUUUCUUCAAUAUUUUACCGAGAUCUUACAUAUUUGGCAUGUAGGUACCUUGCAUGGACCUCUACCUUUUGAUGAGGUUUGACGUCACUGGGAUCAAGGUCACAAGAGUCUAAUAAUAUAUUUUCUAAAUGUCACACGUUUUUUCCUCCACAAAAUUAACCAUUAUAUCGACAACCCAUCAUUGGGGAGCAUCCAUAAGCUUUACGGAUGUCCUUUUUUUAUGUAUUAUAAUAUCUUAACAAUUGAUUAUGGUCGAGACCAUAUUGUGUUAUUGUGUUACUUUGUUACUAUAUCUUUGCUUUGAUUGAAUAAAUAUUGAGCUUAAAACUUC